GGCGGAUACCCCGUCUACGUAGUGAAUGUCACAUGUGUGGAACAGAUCCAAUAUGCGGUUAGGUUUGCGAGCAUGUAUGGUAUUAGGCUUGUGGUUAAGAAUACGGGACAUGAUUUUUCGGGGAGGAGUCUUGGAGGGGGGGGGUUGGGGGUUUGGAUUUUUGUGAGUUGAGUCUUUUUUUUAUGUUUUUGUUUUCUGGUGUUUGUGAAGGUUUUGUCAUCGAAAAUUGGGAGGGUUGGAGUGUUUUCUUGGGUGGUCUAGCAGUCAUAGAGUAAGAUUGCUGGUUUGUAGAUAAGGGUGGGAUGUGCGACGGGUUUCUGGAUUUCGGGGGCAAUGAACGGGGUUGGGAUUGGAUGUAUGCUGAUUUUCUCUAGCAUCUAAAGGAUAUCGUUUACCAUGACGAGUAUAUAACAGAGGGAUACACCGGUCCGGCAUUCCAUGUAGGAGCAGGUGUUCAAGCAAGGGAGAUUUACAAAGUCGCUUAUGAACUCAGGCUUAUGGUGGUUGGCGGAGUUUGUGAUGUAUCUCUAUCUCCCUUCCUCCCCAACCCCUCUUGCUAGUCAUUCCAAAGCCUUAUACUAACACACAUCACCUCAGUCCGUAGGUCUCUACGGCGGCUACUCACUCGGAGGCGGCCACUCAAUGCUAAGUUCCCUCCACGGCCUAGGGGCCGAUCAAAUCCUCUCUCUAAACAUCGUUCUCGCCUCCGGCGAAUUCGUCACCGCAUCGCCGACUCAGAACGAGGAUUUGUUCUGGGCCGUCAGAGGGGGAGGGGGGAGUACAUUUGGUAUCGUGACUUCGAUGGUGGUGAAAGCUUUUCCGGAUGUGAGGACUACUGUUGCGUCCUUUUCUUGGGGCUUGGAAGAUGUCAAUCUCACACUGGAGGUUUUCUGGGCGGGAAUUAAGAGUUACUUUAGUCGUUUUGAGGAGUUUACGAAUGAGGGGAUGGCGGCGGAGUGGUAUAUUUGGCCGGAGGGUGAUGUUACGGGGGGGAAGGUUGGGGGGAAAUUGUUGUUUGAGAUACGUCAGUUUUUCGCGGUUGGGAAGUCGAUGGAGCAAACACAAUCCUUACUUGCCCCGUGGUUGGAAGAGAUGAAAAGGCUGGGAAUUAAUCUGGCGAUGAAGAUGGAGGAGUUCCCGAGUUAUUACCAGGCGUAUUAUUGGACUGAUAAACCGAGGACGGGGGGUUCAUACAUGCCACCCACCAUCUCCUACGCCUCUCGUCUCAUUCCUAGGGAAAACUUCGAUAAGAACGGCAAGUUGGACGAGACUAUACGUGUUCUCCGUGACUUGAUAAACCAAGAUCACUCCAUCAACGGGUAUCAAUACUCGCCCACCCUCUCCGUCGGGAAACCCGUUGGCGCGGAUGGGAAUGCCGUCCACCCCGCCUGGCGCACAGCACUCAGCCACGUCAUCGUCUUUGUGACGUGGGAUGCGAAUGCGAGCAAAGAGCAGCAGAUGGGGAUCCGGAGGAAGUUUGCGGAUGUGACGAUGAAGCCGCUGAGGGAGUUGACGAGUGAGGGAGGGAGUUAUGCGAAUGAAGCGGAUAGGUUGGAACCUGGGUGGCAGGGAAGUUUUUUUGGAGAGAAUUAUGAGAGGUUGCUAGGCGUUAAGGGGAGGGUUGAUCCUGAGGGGUUGCUUUGGUCGGUUAAUGGGGUGGGGAGUGAGGGGUGGGGGGUUAGGAGUUGGGAUGGGUUGCCGACUGAGGAUGGGAGGUUGUGUAGGGUUGGGGGUUGA